AUGGCAAGCAUGACCAGCACGAUGAAUGCUACAAUUGAGCUCUCGUUAAUCAGAGAUCAAAAUGUCGUCUCUACGCUGCAUAGUCCAGAAGCCUCAGACAAUCUGCAUGAUGCAGCGACACAACGGAAGAACGUACAGAUUAUCGCCAUUAUGCUGGCUCUCUGUUUGUCCCUUUUCAUUGCUGCGCUCGACCAGACGAUUGUUGCGACCUCGUUGCCGACAAUUUCCUCCCACCUUCAUUCGGCGGAUGGAUACACCUGGGUAGGAGGAGCCUAUCUGCUAGCAAAUGCGGCGGCUGCACCCAUUUGGGCCAAACUUUCCGACAUCUGGGGCCGCAGACCGAUCCUGCUGAUUGCCGUGCUAUGGUUUCUACUCAGCUCCAUCAUCUGCGCGGCGGCAGUCGAUAUGACGAUGUUAAUUGUUGGCCGAGCCCUGCAAGGCACUGCGGGGGGUGGAUUGAUGCAGCUCGUCAUGAUUGUCGUUUCCGAUCUGUUCAGCGUAAGGCAUCGAAGUCUCUAUUUAGGGAUUCUAGAGUUCAUCUGGACCAUCUCUGGCGGCCUUGGACCAGUCCUCGGUGGUGUCUUCUCGGAAUAUGUCUCCUGGAGAUGGAAUUUCUGGAUCAAUUUGCCAACAUGUGGACUUGCAUUCGCUUUGCUGUUCUUAUUCCUUGAAGUCCAUAAUCCUAGGACCAAGAUGUGGGACGGCAUCAGAGCGAUUGACUGGAUUGGAAGUCUCUCUGUCCUCAGCGUGACCCUUAUGCUGCUUCUUGGCUUGAACUUUGGAGGAGAAACUUUUGCCUGGAGUUCGCCUCAAGUCAUCUGCCUGCUUGUCUUUGGGACUCUGUUCCUCAUCGUCUUCUUUUAUGCGGAAAAGUACCUUGCCAAAUACCCGCUUAUGCCCCUUCACAUCCUCAAGCACCGAUCGAACCUUGCCGUCUCCUUGGUUACCUUCUUCCACGGAUUUGUGUUUAUCGGCUGCGAAUACUACCUCCCCCUUUACUUUCAGUCAGUCAAGCAAGCGAGCCCUAUGCGGUCCGGACUCCUGGUCCUGCCACUUGUUUUGGCCGAAGGACUGUUCAGCGGAGCAUCGGGCUGGCUCAUCCAUCGGACCGGCCGAUAUGUUGAACAAAUCUGGACUGGAACCUUCCUGCUCACCAUUGGAGCGGGGCUGUUCAUCCGCCUCGACUCCACAUCGUCGCCGACUGAGAUCAUCAUUCUUCAAAUUAUCAGCGGAGCGGGUUCGGCUAUCCUAUUUGAGCCCCCGUUGAUCGCCUUACAAUCCCUUAUCGCGCAAGAGGAUACCGCAAGUGGGACUGCCAUGCUCGGUUUCAUUCGAACAAUGGCCAUGUCGGUCUCGAUCGUCGCCGGCGGGGUGAUCUUUCAGAACAGCAUGGCGGACAAAAGAGGGCUUCUGGAACAUGCUGGCCUCAUGGACGAGCAGGCUAGUCAAUUGACUGGGGCCUCGGCUGCCGCUAGUACCGAAAUCAUCAAAAGCAUUUCCGACCCGGAGAAAGCGAGAGUAAUUGCCGACGCGUUCUCUUCUAGUUUGCGAAACAUCUGGAUCAUGUAUACUUGUGUGGCUGGGCUGGCUCUCAUUGCAAGCGUCUUUAUUGUCAAGAACCCAUUGAGUGAGGAGCAUACCGAGACUCGGACAGGACUGAAGGAGGAAUGA